AUGAUCUUUUUUUCCACACAAUGUACAAAUGUAUGGGAUUAUACAGUAUUGUAUUGUGGAGGAGCUUGCUAUACAUACAUACAAAGUUUAAUCACAUUUGAUUGGUUAUUUAAUUACGGUUUUUUAAUUUUAAUCAUAGUUAUCUCUAACACGGCACUUUUUACUCGUUUUAUAUGGAGAAAAGCUAGUCGCCAACAGCCUAUUCAAUGGCGCCGUCAUCGACGUUUGAUUAUUCAACUUAUUUUUAUUUCAUCUCUCUUUCUCAUUUUUGGUGUUCCGUCAACGCUUGUAGCUAUUAUUGAAGUCUUAUGGUUACCCACAUUUCUUCUUGAUAUUGAAUAUAAUUAUUUGACAUAUAUAUCCGUUUAUGGUAACCAAUUGUAUCCAUUUGUUAUUAUAGGUUCAUUACCUGAAAUACAGAAAGAUUUAAAAAAAUGGAUUGGACGUAUAAGAAGAUUUUUCCUAGACCAAGGUCAAGUUCAUCCGUUUCAGACAUCUGUAAAUCAAUGA